UUUCAGAACAAUAUUAAAAUGUGGUCGAUGAAAUUACAAGGAAGUCAGAAUGUGUAUGGCUCCAUUUCAACAAUGAUAAACUCGAGACAGAGGCGGAAUAAAGCUCUUGAAAAAAGAAACCACACUAAUGACUCAGCAAAGACAAUAAAAAAUCGGAGAAUAAUGAAAGAUGCUCAUAAAUAACCUCUGAAAUAAAAUAAUUUGAAUGACUGAAAGGAGCAAAGCCGAUACUAAGUUGCCUCCAGUGGAAAGGUUUACGACAACUAUUUUUUCAGAUGAGGAUUCUAAAAGCGAUAUAGCAGAUCUAGAUGAAAGCUUAGAUGAAUUCAAGGUGGAGCCCCAGCAACCUCUAUCAAAAUUCAACAGAUUUGCAUCUGUAGAAAUUUUGCCAAAUUUAGAGAACAAAAUUGUCGAAUCCUCACCUUUGACGAAAGAAAAAGUUUGGCCUAAUUGUGAUAAAUAUCAAGAGAUUUUUGGAUCCAAUUUGAAAAAUACCACUAAAUUCUUAAAAAAGGGGCUUAAAUAAGCCUCAAGGUAAGAAAGAAGAGGUAUGGCCAGUCUAUAAGCCGAAGAGGAAAAAAUUAGCACAAACUACGAAAUUGCUAGCACCAGUUCAAUCCAAGAGAUUUGUGAUUCCAAAAUCUCCUCAGAUCAAUCUUGAUGGAGUCAGCAGCAAAUUUUAUAAAGAUGUUGAACACAAGGAUGAGAAGAAAGAAAGAGUGCAAAGACUUAUGAAGAAAUGGAAGAAUAUUGUAAUCCGGAUAAAACACGCGAUUAAAUUAAUCAAACAUGCAAGAGGUGAUUGCUCCAUUAGUUUUACCAAGGAUGUCAUGAAAGAUAAAUUUUUCACUUUCUGAGAAAAAGUUUUACAAAAGAUUGAAAAAGGGUUCCAAGAUGGAGAUAUGGAGUUUAUGCAUCAAAAUAUCAUUAAGAUAGUUGGAGCAUGACUUAAAGUACCUGAUGCCACUAUUAUCAAAAGUUGUUAUUAUGCAUUAGCAUGCUAUGCUGACCAUUACAAGGAAUAUAAGAUGGCCCUCUUUGCAUAUGGAAAACUCAGAAGUGCUGCUGAAGGAGUUCUUGAUUAUAAAAUGAUGUAUAAGUCCUUCAUUAAAAGAGCAUCUAUAUAUGUCAAGCUAAAGGAAUACAAGUACUCUCUUAGGAUGUUCAAGCUGAUCUUGAAAUACGCAUGGAUGGAGAAGAACAUUGAAUGGGAGUUUGAAGCCUAUAAAGGCAUGGCUAUCUGCUAUUACUACCAAGGCCUUCUAGAAAAAUAGCAAUUUUUACUACAAGAGGUACAUCAGAGGGAAAAAUGAGCCUAUUGAUUCGAAUCUAAGAAUAUAUGCGCUAAAAAGAUACACUAAUGAGUACAGAAUGGACCAGGUAAAUUUGAGAAAAGACAGGACUGAAUAUUCAAAUAAUCUUGUACACAAGAUUAGAGACUCCACGAUUGAUUAUUCUUUUGCAUGAGAUUUUAUUGAGGGAGUUCAGAACUCUCAAAUUUCAAAGCGGUCGGUCUAUAUGAAACUGGAGACACCUGUUGAGACUCUGAGAGAUAAGGACCUGCCAUCUCCAAGUAUAGGCAAUAACAACAAAGGAAACCUCUUUGUCAGAAUGAGGAAAGCUAAAUAAGAUCUUAAGUAAUAUGAAGGGUGAACAAGGAAUCAUUCGAGGUAAAAGAAAAAAAAAGGAAAAAGAAGACUGCAUAUCUGGAUCUGAUUCUGGUUCUUGUUCAGAGAGUAGUGAGUUACCUCUAUCUGAAGUUGAAAAGUUGAUAGAUGGAAAGAGUGGCGAGAAGAGCAAAAAUAUCCUUCUUUUUGAUGAUGAAGAAGAUAGUGAUGAGAUAGCAGUUACCAAACUCAAGGCUUCAAAGGCUUAUUACAAUAAGAGCAAAUAAGAGAAAUCCAAUGUCGAUAGAUUAUCUCAAGAUGCAACAAAACGAGAGAGAAGAUCAUAACAAAAUAAUAAAGAUGCGGAUGGCUGCUUUUGAAAAUAGGUUUUCUCCUUUCAGCGUGGCAAGUAACCACAAGGAUAGUGGCAAGAGCAAGACUAACAUUAUUCUCAGUCAUCUUGGCCAGAUAGACUUUGAUAACCCUAUUGGUAGAAAUGACCGAAAGAAAGCCGAAAGGAUCCUCAAACAUCUCAGAAACUACAUUCAAGGACAAAUUGAGAAAAGCUUUAUCAUCAAGGAGGAUCGGAUCAGGGAGAUCACACAAACAAGUACAUUGUACUACUUUUCAUUAUAGU